GAGGGGAGCUGACACCCCACCUCCUUUCAGGAGUCAGCAAGCAGAAAAAAAAAAGGAAUAAAAAGCUAAGCAGGAAGCCUCAUCGGUCAUAAACCACGCUUUUUGUUUUGUUGUCGUGUUUUCUUUGUGCUGACAUGGCGUUCAGACUCAUCUUCGCUCUCUGUGCGAUGCUAUUCCUGGCAGUCUGCGAAGCUGGAAAGCAGAUGCCCAAACUAUCAAACAAGAAGCUCUGCGCCGACUCCGAAUGCAGCCAUCCAAUCCUGAUUGCCCGUGCGCUGCAGGACUACUACCCUGGAGACUGCAGGUUCAUCCCCAUCCGGCAGGGGCAGCUCGUCUAUGUUUAUGCAAUGCUGAAGGACAGAGGGAAUCUCUUCUGGGCUGGCAGUGUGCAAAGCACAUAUUAUGGAGAACAGGAGGCUCGCAUUGGUCACUUUCCCAGCAGCGUUGUGGAGGAAACACAUGCUCUAAUGCCAGCAACCACUGAAGUUAAAACUACCAACUGGGACUUCUACUGCAACUGAUGCUGAAAAGACACACACACAUGAAAUAACAACAACACAAAACAGCUUUUCUUGACAUCGAAUUAUGAUCUAAUCCAAUUUAGCUCAAAUCAGCAUUUAAAGGAAAAAAGAAAAUAUCACAAAAUGACUUUUAUUGGAAUCUGUAUUUGUAUUGUGGAAGCUUUCUCAGAUGAAGGCUUUGAUUACAUACUGAUUAUUAAUCAAUGAUGUAUUAUUGUUAUUUUCCUUCACUUGUGAUAUGUCACACAUCUCUCUUAUGCUUUUCUGUGCUCUUGUUUUUUACUAUCUAAGUGAGAUUUAGGUGCCAACUUUACACAACAGGACUUUGUAGAAUUCAAUAGGAUUUCGUGCAAAAAUUAAAUAAAAAAUAUGCAUAACAAUUUUCUGUACUUUUCUGUAUCCAAAGGAAAUUGAAAUCACCUUUAUCUUAAAUUAAUUAGAGUAUAAUUUUCCUGUCAACACUAACUGAGACACUUCAGCAUUCAGUGCUUUUCACUUUGGGGGUAAUAAACACUUCAACAGAAA